CCGUGCCCAGCGAUGCCUGCUCUCGCUCCGGAACACAACGUGACAGAGGGGGCCGAAGAAGGGCAACCGGCCCAGCCCGGCAAGGACUCGCAAGUGCCGGAGUGUUUCAUGGCCAUGCCUCAGGAUCUGAUGAAAAGUUUCUCUCACAUAAAACGGGUCGGGAAUUACCUGGUGGGUAAAAUGAUCAACAAAGGCUCCUUUGCCAAGGUGAUGGAAGGACUGCAUGUUCCAACAGGGGAAAAGGUAGCGAUCAAAGUGAUUGACAAGAAAAAAGCAAAGCAGGACACUUACGUGCGGAAGAAUAUGAAAAGGGAGCCCCGCAUCCACCAAAUGAUCAAGCACCCAAACAUUGUUCAGUUAUUUGAAACCCUGGAGACAGAGAACUCCUACUACAUGGCUAUGGAGUUAUGCCAGGGAGGAGACCUGAUGGAUAGAAUUUGUGAAAAGAAGAAGCUGGAAGAAAGAGAAGUGAGAAAAUACACUAGACAGAUCUUGUCAGCAGUGGAGCAUCUCCAUCGUCACACGAUAGUACACAGGGAUCUAAAAAUCGAAAACUUCCUCCUUGAUGAAAAUAACAACAUCAAAAUUGUCGAUUUUGGACUGAGUAACACCUUGAAGAGUGACAGCCAGGAGUUGUUGAAUACACAGUGUGGGAGUCCUGCCUAUGCUGCUCCAGAGCUCCUUGCUCAUCAGAAAUAUGGUCCCAAGGUGGAUGUCUGGUCAAUUGGGGUCAGUAUGUUUGCGAUGCUCACCGGCAUGUUACCAUUUACAGUGGAGCCAUUCAACAUCAAGCAGCUGCACCAGAAGAUGAUAAACGGAGACAUUAGUUCCAUCCCACCAGAGAUCUCCUCAGGAGCUGUACACUUCAUGCUUUCUUUGCUUGAACCUGACCCGACCAAACGACCCACUGUCAGAGAAGCAAUGGAAGAAAAAUGGUUAAAUGAAGGGUUCAUUCGAAGACCACUGCAUUCCGUUGUUUACAAGAACAGACUGCGUUCUGAUGAACUGAAUUCAAUGGUUUUAAACUUUAUGGCUGAGAAAACAGGUUUAGGGCUUACAGAGAUUAUCAACACAUUGAUCAAUAACAGGCCAUCCCCCAGCAUGGCAACUUACUAUUUGCUACUGAAAAAACUGGCUCGAUACCAAAAAGGAAUAAAAAACAAGAAGAGAGAAAAUGCAAUGCCAAAGCAAAGCAAACAGUCAGCCGUGAGAAGUCCAGAUCAAAAUCUUUCAUCAGCGUUGAAUGGCAAUAAGCAAACUGUUGAGCAGGCACAUGAGGAGAAUGAUAGAGAGUCCGCGACAACCGAGCAGCAGCACACAUACAUCCCUGCAAUGAAAGAGGUUAUUAAAGAAGAAGAGAUUGCAAUUUCUCUAGAAAAGCACGACCACUGCUUCCCAGAAGUUUCUAAUUUUGCCAAUCGGGAACUAGUGUACCUUGGGCCUCCCAAGUCUUCAUCUAAAGGGAUAUCUGAUCAAGCAAGUCCUGAGUUUCAAGGCAAAUCAGAAGAAACCUGUGGAAUAGCUAUAAAACAAGACCUUCAGAAUCAAAAGCAGGGUAGUUAUUUGCAAGCAAUAAAUCAACAGGAGUUUGAAGGGAAUUUCAAACAAACAAUGGACAGUCUUGACAAAAAAACACCCAGGUCUUUGCUAGAGAGCAAAGGACACAACAGACGCCCUGCAGCCCAGCAUGAAACCAGAUUUAAAGAUCUUCUCCAAGCUAUGGAAGACCAAUCCGCAACAGCAAAUUGGAGGUAUCCGGAGAAAGAUGGACGCAAUUUUACAAUAAUUGACCCACCUCAGCUAUCCCUAUUGCCAAAACUCAAACAAAGUAUUUUCAAAGAUAAACUCAGUCAAAAAAUUAAUUGGGUUGGAACACCACGUCAUGGAACAAAUGUGUCAUCACCCUUUUUGGUCAACAGUGGGAGACAUGCCCUUUUACCAUCUUCUCGCCAGCAGACAUUGAUAUUCAAGAGUCUGCGUCAGUCCAAGGAGAGGACACAAGCUUCUCUCACCAGGAACAUAUUCAAAAGGGACUGCAUUCAGCUCAGGGCACCUCAGAAACCAACAGAUUUAAAUCUACCAGUGCUUACACCAGCAUUACAGUCAAAGUCCGACAAGAAAGGUGAAAUACUAAGGCUAGACUUUGUGUAA